AUGACGACCUACAUGCAGCAGCAGGUGGAGUCGGACGCCGUCACGGAGUACGCACAGAAACAUCCAGAGGACCUGGACGGCCUCUUCCUCCGGAUGCGGCAACAAUAUGCGCUCGAGAUGCGCAUGAAUGCGAUCCAACCCAAGCCCAACCAGAAUCUAGACACCCUCUGCGAUCAUUAUCAGCUUAGGGAUAGGGUUAGGGAUCUUUGCGUUAAACCAUCAGUUCAACCCUUACAUCUCCAAUUUGCCAUGUGGCAUUAUGAACAGGUUUCUCCAGGUAUGAGGACGCCCAUUGUGGUCCACGAGGCUGGACGCAUCUCGGAGAAUGCAUCUCUCAUUUUCUAG